AAAAUAAAAAAAAUAAAAAAAGAAAAUGAGGAUCAUAGAAGAAGCAAGUUGAAAGAUCUAAAUUCAGCCUCUCAUCUUUGUAGUUUUAAUCUUUCUAAUUCCAAUUUCUUUCAAUGUCAAAUGAAGGUCAUGAUCAUGAGAAGGAAGAGGAUGAUCCUUAUUACCCACAAUUUGAUCCUUUCACUCACAACUUUCAUCAUCAAAAACCCUUUGAAGUUCCUCCUCCUUUGACAAACCCUUAUUCUGAAGCUUUUGAUAUUGCUCCUUAUAAUGUGGGGUUUUAUUCUGAUUUCUCACAUGCCUCAUCUCACUAUGACUACCACAACAUCUUCUCUACUCCCUUUGAGAUGUCGUGCACGUCGUCGGAAGUUAUUUCUUCUGUCGACGAUGCUUUGAAGAAGUCGUCAAGUCUGGGUCGAGAUCUGUCAUCGGUGGUGACUGGUGAGCACCCAUUGACACCGAAUUGUUCCUCUACCACGUGCUCCUCCGAUGAGGUUGUCGCGGGUGGUGGUGAUUCUUCCAAGAGCGGAGAGGUGAAAGGGUUUGAUGAUAAAAAGGGAGAAAAUAGCAAGAAAGUGGAUGAAGGAAAAAAGAAGGAGAAAAGAGAAAAAGGGCCCCGAUUCGCCUUCUUGACCAAGACCGAAAUCGAUAAUCUUGAAGAUGGAUAUAGGUGGAGAAAAUAUGGUCAAAAAGCAGUCAAAAACAGCCCUUUUCCAAGAAGUUAUUAUAAAUGCACAAGUCAAAAUUGCAGUGUGAAAAAAAGAGUAGAAAGAUCAUCGGAAGAUCCGGGUUUUGUUAUAACAACAUACGAAGGCAAACACAACCAUUAUUGUCCAAUUACACUUCGUGGCCACAAUCCCACCGGAGUCUUGCCGCCCUCCGUCACUCCGCCCUUGUUUCCCCCGUCGCCCAACUUCUUCUCCACCGAGUCCUUCUGUGAAAAUCUGCACCAACAAUAUCAGUAUGGCCUCUUCCAAGAUUUUAUCAAUAAUCCAUCAUUUAAUAAUUCAAACCAACACCCAUCAAAUUAAAUUAUAAAUCUCUCUUCCUUAAUUAUUAUUAAUUAUAUAUAUAUGUGUGUAUUUGACUUCAAAACAAUUAGCCUAAUUUAGUGAAUUCUUCCUUCUUACCCCUAAUACUCUCAUUUCUUGUUCUUAAUUAAGACUAAAUACUAUAAUUAUGAUGAACCAUAUUUAAUCAAUUUGUGUGUUUUUCAUUAA